UGUGUUUGAUCGAUCUAUUCAUGAAAGAUUACUGUGUUGGAAAUUAGAGCCAUGCUAGUGCACUAACAGCAUUCAAUGAAGAUGUUCCAGCGGCCAUUAAUGGAGAAGUUGAAAGAGACAACGAAGCUCGACAUUUGCCAAAUUAACUACCUCAUCACCUCGUACGUUCGCCGAGGUAACCCUUUCUCUGCAUGGGCCCUCUUUCGUUCUGUGCGUUGCGUGCGCUCCGACGUUGAUGCUUAUACUUUCACCUCUGUCUUGCGUGCUUGUUCUCUUUUAGUUGUCUCUGAAGUUGGGAAACAAGUUCAUGCCCAAAUGAUUAAAACCGGUGCUGAUUCUGGAAUCGUCGCAAAAACCGCGCUUUUGGACAUGUAUUCGAGAUAUGGGUAUUUGGAUGAGUCCUUGAAGGUGUUUGAAGAAAUGGGCCACAAAGAUGUUGUUGCUUGGAAUGCUUUGCUUUCGUGUUUUUUAAGGUGUGAUCUUCCUGUUGAGGCCGUUCGGGUUCUGAGUGUGAUGGGGAGGGAGAAUGUUGAGUUCAGUGAGUUUACCUUGUGUUCUGUGUUGAAAUGUUGUGCUUCUUUGAAGGCAUUGGAGCUUGGGAGGCAGGUUCAUGGUUUGGUGGUGUGUAUGGGGCGUGACUUGGUUGUUUUGAGCACUGCUCUUAUUGAUUUUUAUUCCAGUGUUGGGUGUAUUGAUGAUGCUUUCAGAGUCUUUUAUAGUUUGAAGGGUUGGAAAGAUGAUAUGAUGUAUAAUUCGUUUGUUUCUGGGUGUGUUAGGAAUAGGAGAUACGAUGAGGCAUUCAAAGCUAUGAGCUUGAUGAAGCCUAAUGUUGUUGCACUAACCAGUGCUCUCGUGGGGUGCUCUGAGAAUUUGGAUUUGUGGGUAGGGAAACAGAUACACUGUGUUGCAAUUCGUCAGGGCUUUACUUUCGAGUCCCAACUUUGCAAUGCCUUGUUGGAUAUGUAUGCAAAAUGUGGGAGGAUGUCGCAUGCCCGGUUAUUUUUUGACGGAAUUUGCAAGAAGGAUGUGAUUUCCUGGACUUGUAUGAUUGAUGCCUAUGGAAGAAAUGGGCAAGGGCGUGAAGCUGUUGAGUUGUUUCAGACGAUGAGGGAGGAUGGAAGUAAGGUGUUGCCAAAUUCUGUGACUUUUUUGUCUGUUUUAUCGGCUUGUGGUCACUCUGGACUGGUGGAGGAAGGCAAAAAAUGUUUCAAAUUGUUGAGGGAGAAAUAUGGUCUUGAACCAGAUCCAGAGCACUGUGCUUCUUACAUAGAUAUCUUAGGGCGAGCAGGUAAUAUAGAAGAAGUAUGGUCUACAUACCACAAUAUGAUUGAGCAGGGUACUAGGCCUACUGCAGGAGUAUGGAUAGCAUUGCUGAAUGCUUGCUGUCUUAAUCAGGAUUUUGAAAGAGGUGAAUUUGCUGCAAAGCGUCUCUUGCAGUUGGAACCCAAUAAAGCUAGCAAUAUUGUUCUUGUAUCAAAUUUUUAUGCAGCCAUUGGCAAGUGGGAUUAUGUUGAUGAACUAAGAAGGAUCAUGAGGACAAAAGGGUUGGUAAAGGAAGCUGGGAAUAGCUGGAUCAAUAUUCCAGGCUUCAAUCAACAUGCCAGGUCCCUAUCUGCUUGAUUUUUUGGCUAGAUAACCAGGAAGUGGGGCUUCACUGCUGUUAGGUGAAUUCUGGUUUCCUUGCCAAGCUCAAAGCAUUCAGUAGCUACAUUAACCUGGCAUUCUCUACGUACAAAGCCAGUGUAUAUCUACUCCUCAUUCUUUUAGAUCACAGGGGCUAUGCUGGGACGUUAAGAAGGCAAUAGGUAACAGUCAGAAUUGAAGAAUAUUAGAUCCAAUUGCCCUAAUUGGUCUUGGAAUAAGACCUGAAUCAAAAUAGAAACUAAACUACACAGAUGUUUCUUAACCAAUUUCUGGAAGGGAGCUUGUAAGGUUUUGCAGUUAUUGGGCACUCAUUGUUUCAUUGUCUUGAUGAAUUGUUUGCCUUAGGAAUUGGCAGAAGAGGCAUCUAAAAUUGCUUCCAAGUAUAGCUGUAAUUUUACAGCUACAAAAUCAAAUGAAGAGCAAUACAUUAAGCAAUUGAAACAGGAGCCUCCGCAAUUAGCUGAAAAAAUGUUUGACUUUUGACAGUGUUCUUUUGGGGUCUUUGCAACAUGCAGAUCCGUGACUAGGAUGUGGUUACAUCACAAGGGGAAAAACUAGCAAGAAAUAACCUUAUUUGUGUAAGCAUCAAGAA